AUGACAGACGGUUACGUUCCGUUUGUAAAGUAUUUACUGACAGAACUUCAGUAUAUAUACAACGAUCUAAAAGAUGAAUAUGAAAACAUUAUUAUAGAAAAGUAUAGCUACAAUGCCAAAUUGUACACGGUUGUACUUACAAUAUUUGCUGCUUGUAGCAUAAUUACUUUAAUUGUUGCCCAAUUUUGGACGAGUAUCAUUGGCAACAUUUUAUCGAAAAACGUAUCUCAAUCUCGUAAUCUAUUUAUUACAACGGAAUAUUUUAUUGAUCAAGAAAAACAUUUUUAUUUAAUCGCGUUGCAUACAUAUGCAGCUAUUAGCAUAGGAUGUAUCGCGACGAUAGCAAUAGGAGCGAUGCUCGUAGCAUAUUUUCAACAUAUUUGUGGAAUGCUUAGCAUCUCAAGGUAUCGUAUUGAACGCGUAAUGAGAAUAAAUAUGCUUCAAAAUUCCUUAAAAAACGAAAAUUUGAUAUUUAAAGGAAUGAUAUAUGCCAUUGAUAUUCAUCGACAAGCAAUGAAAUUAUCUAAACUGAUGGUAUCUAAAUUUGAGAUAAUGUUAUUCUGCUUAAUAGCAGUUGGAGUAAUCUGUUUGAGCCUCAACCUCUUCCGAGUAAGUUUCAAACUUCUAAAAAAAGAUUUGAAUUUUUCUUCGGAUUAA